AUGGAUCCGCCCGAAUACCUACCAAAGACCAUUCCCAGAAAAGCUACCGAUGAGGAACAAAAGAAGAUUGAUUAUAUUCUCAAGAAUUAUGAAACGGGGAACAAUUUCAUACUCAAUAAAUCUCCAUAUCCUACUCUACUAGCAAAACCUUAUCUUCAGAAAGAAUGGGAUUUUGGGAGGGUCAGGGUCUAUGGUGCGGAUGGUGAACUAUUACAUGAGACAGCUACGAAGGCCGCAACAAAUGUCAUAAACUCAUUUUUUGAGGCCAUUAAAGAGGCCAGCAAGCGCAAGGACAGCAAGCGCAAGUAUAAAAAGAAGUAG